UGAGAAAUUUCGAGUCAUUGUGGAGAUUGGCUGACUUGGGGUUUCCGAGGAUCGGGAGGCUAACUCUGAACUGAUUUACUCUUCUUGGUCCGAGUACCCACUGCUCAAAGGCAUUGCUAUCGAUCGCCACCCGCCUCACCUCUCUCACAUCGUCACAUAUAUCGUCUAUUCUUGGAGUGUCGACGCCUUGGCCAGCGUGAGUGGAAUCCCCGUGGAUUGAGGCUAGACUGCGGCCAGUGGAUCAAGAUGGUUUUGGAAUCCACCAUCAUUUGCGUGGACAAUAGCGAGUACAUGCGCAAUGGGGACUUCCUGCCCACCCGUUUGCAAGCUCAACAGGACGCCGUUAAUCUGGUGACUCAAUCCAAGCUGCGGGCCAAUCCCGAAUCCAACGUGGGCCUCAUGACCCUGGCCGAGCUGUCCGUCUUGGUCACGCUCACCACGGACACGGGUAAAGUCCUGGGCAAGUUGCACGCCGUUCAGCCCAAAGGCCAAUUGCGCUUGGCUCAAGGCAUCAAGAUCGCCCAUCUCACCUUGAAGCAUCGACAAGGCAAGAACCACAAAACUCGGAUUGUGGCCUUCGUGGGCUCACCCGUCACGGGUGACGAGGCCGUCCUCAUCAAACUGGCCAAGAAGCUCAAAAAGGAAAAAGUCAGUGUGGACAUCGUGAGCUUUGGCGAGGACGCCGACAAUGCUGACAUCUUGAAAAAAUUCGUCGAGACCGUCAAUGGCAAGGACGGUACGGGCAGUCAUCUCGUGACCAUUCCCCCGGGCCCCCAUCUUUCGGACGCACUCAUCUCGUCACCCAUUCUCAAAGGUGAAGAUGGCAGUGGACCCAAUGUGGUGCCCUCCGAUGGAGGUGGUUUUGAAUUCGGUGUCGAUCCGAACGAAGAUCCCGAAUUGGCAUUGGCGCUUCGCGUCUCCAUGGAAGAGCAGCGAGCUCGACAGGAGGCCGAAUCCCGUAACCAGGGCGGCGAAGCCAUGGAGGCCGAAGCCGUCGUGGCGCCCGCGGAUCCCACGGCCGCCUCGGAUCCCAACUCCGAAGAGGCACUUCUGCGACGCGCAUUGGCCAUGUCCAUGGAGCCCGAGGGUACUCAAGGUGGUGAUGGCGCACCCGCUCAGAGCGCUAGCGACGAGCCCAACUUGGCCGCCAUGACCGAGGACGAGCAGAUCGCUUAUGCUAUGCGCAUGUCCAUGCAGGAAGAGGCCGGCCCGUCGCCCUCGGCCUCGGCCGGAGCUGCCAAAGGCGAGGCUAUGGAGGUGGACGAGUCCAAGGAGGAUUACUCUCAAGAGAUGAACGACCCAGACUUCCUCAAGAACGUUUUGGAGAAUUUGCCGGGAGUGGAUCCCAAUUCGGAUGCUGUCAAACAAGCCAUGGGGGCCAUGACUGGGAACAAGGAGGGGACAAAGAAAGAUGACGACGAUAAGAAAAAGGAAGAGGAUAAGAAGUGAUGUUGACAGAAAAUUAAGCGUCCGGGCACUUCUGUACAGAAUAAAUUAAGAUCGGCUUUUGCUACCCUAAUUCUGUUUUAAUAAAAUACUUGAACACGAAAA